ACUAAACGCUAGAUGUCACUCUGAACAGUAUGACGGCGUAAACAACAACGGAAAGCCACUUUUUGUUUUUCCAGCCAUGGCAACCACAAGUGUCACAAAAAUCACAUUCAGCUGCCAGGCUUCUGUUACUGUUCAAUGGACUGAUCACAUGGACUUACUAAUCCCCUCAUGAUCCUGCCCAGCUGGACAACAGACUGAGCGGAAUUCCACCUAGGAGCCAUCUUUGCGGUUGUGUCGUUUCCACCAUGGGGGAGUGGAGGUCUUCUUCACCUGCACCUCACUUAGAUCUAAACAAUUUUGACUCCGCUGCGGCGGACAAAAGCAGGUAUGUUUUAACCAGUCCCCGCUCCUUGGAGUCCUGUGCACGGCUGGGCAUCAAACCUGUUGAUCUACUCGUGAAAUCCCUGAACAAUUUAUUGUCUGAGCAGCGCGGCAUGCCUUUGGAGGCGGCGAGAGUGAUGCAUGAAUCGUACGAAAAUGAGAGAAGCAAGUUGUUGCGAAUGUGCCGGGAUGAGAGGGAGAGGAUUAUCCAGCAGGCUGCCAGGUGGCCGAGCGCUAAGAAAGUCCCGAGGCUGGGAAAGCGACAUGACACCAACCUGAAGCAGGAGCCUGCUGUGGACGAUAUUCCAUAUGCAGACCUGUGUUUGAAGGAGAAAUGUGUGAGCAAGACAUCCUGCUCUGCUGCAGACAGGAGCACCAUCUGCAGCUUACGAGACCUCAGACACUCUCCUGCUAUCGAUGUCAAGCUGCGGAAGCUAACUGAAGACAUCAAAAGGGAGAUGUGUGUCCAGAUAUCACAGACAGACCGCAAGAUCGCUGCUCUCAUGUUGUUGAGGCACCAGCUGGAGGAGGACCGCCUGAAUAAUAUGCAGCAGGAGGAAGAGGAGCGAGACGAAGCCCGCAGUCAGGAGGAGGCCCGGAGGGUGCAGGCUGAGAGAAGGAGGAGGAAAAAGCUGAUGCAAAGCAUGCAACGCUGGCAUGAGGAGCUGGAGGCCCGCAGGAGGCUGAGAUUGCACCGAGAAGAAGAAAGAGCAGGGCAACUCAAGCAGGAGGUGAUGCUGCAGGAGGAGCGCUGGAGGAGGCUGAAGGAGCAGGUGGAGGCUCAACGUAGAGGAAAGGCUGCAGCUGCACAGAGGGAGGCGGAGGGGAAGAGAUGCUACCAAGAGAGACUGCUGAGAAACAUCGAGGAGGUGGAGAACAGGCAGCGAGAGAGGGAGAAACAGGUGGAAAUGGAGAGGGAGCAGAAAGCAAGGAGGAGUAAACUCCUGCUGGAGAGGAAGGAGAAGAAGCGUCUGCAGGAAAAGAAUAGCAGGGAGCUGCUGCACCACCUCCUCCUUAGACAACAAGUGGAGCAUCGGGUGGAGGAAGUCGAGUCACGUUUGAGAGAUGCGCUGGAGAGGAAGAUGCAGCGCUCUUGUGAGAAGCACGGCCGCCACCUGGAGGCCGUGCUGAAGGAGCUCCAGGAGCGAGCGGCCCAGGAGGAGAAGCGGCUACAGAGAGCCCGACUGAGGGCCAAGCUGCAGAGCAUCCAGCAGCUCACACACAAACACCUCCUGUUCAAGCUGAGUCAGCAACGCACGCUGAGGGCCACAGAGCACGCGUGUGGCCAACACAGGAGGAGAGCCCAGCAGACGCAUCAGCACAACACAGACAGGCAGCUCCGCCAUCAGAGGCUCAGAGAGAAUGUGCAGCGAGAGGAGGAGGUGGCAAGGAGGGUCAGGGAGGGAAGCAUCGCCGUGAAGGAAUGGAGGCGCGAGAGGCUACGCGAAGAGCGAGAGCACACACAGCAGGAGGCGCACAAGCUGGCGCUGGCAUCUUUUAACUUGAGGGAGCGGGUGAGACAGCAGACGCAAAGUCGCUCUUUUGCUCACAUGGCUCAGGAAGCUCAGCUGGCCGCCUCCAUUAGCCGCUUGAACCUCUGAAACAACAAGCAAGGUCCAUCAAACACCUUUAAACUUAAGACUUACAUGACCUCUGACCUCACAAAUGUUCUUGUUUGGAUCCAUAUCAAUCAUUAAUGCCUUUGAAUACACACAUGCUGACACACUGUGACAACCAACACCAUCUAGAACAGUGUUUUUCAACCACUGUGCCGCGGCACACGUGCCGUGUUCACCUAUUUGGGUUAAAAAUAUUUUUUGCAAACCAGUAAUUAUAGUGUGCAAAUGAUGUGUUGUUGUUGUUGAGUGUCGGUGCUGUUUCGAGCUCGGCAGCGUAACCGUGUAGUACUCUUCCGUAUCAGGUGGCAGCCAGUAGCUAAUUGCUUUGUAGAUGUCGGAAACAGCAAUGGCAGCGUGCAGAUAAAAAGGUGUCUAAUGCUUAAACCAAAAAUAAACAAAAGGUGAGUGCCCCUAAGAAAAAGCAUUGAAGCUUAGGGAAGGCUAUGCAGAACGAAACUAAAACUGAACUGGCUACAUAGUAAACAAAAACAGAAUGCUGGACGACAGCAAAGACUUACUGUGGAGCAAAGACAACGUCCACAAUGUACAUCCGAACAUGACAAUCAACAAUGUCCCCACAAAGAAGGAUAAACACAAUUGAAAUGUUCUUGAUUGCUGAAACAAAGUAAAUGCGGGAAAUAUCGCUCAAAGGACGACAUGAAACUGCUACAGGAAAAUAUCAAAAGAAGACAAAAAGCCACCAAAAUAGGAGCGCAAGACAAUAACUAAAACACUACACACAGGAAAACAGCAAAAAACUCUAAAUAAGUCACGGCGUGAUGUGACAGUACACCUACUUUGAGACAAGAGCUAUAGUGAUGCAUGGUUGGUUAUGGUUUAAAGUCAUAUCCAACAAUUGCAACAACGACUUUUUACUGUCAACUGAGUUUCAUUUUUUAAUGAUUUCUGCUGGUGGUGUGCCUCCGGAUUAUUUUCAACGCAAAAAAUGUGCCUUGGCUCAAAAAAGGUUGAAAAACACUGAUCUCGAAUAUGGUUUUUUUGAAGGGGUGGGAGGUCAAGAAGGUAGAACUGUAUUUCAUUGACAAGCUGACAAAUACAUAAUUUCAUGUUUUUUAACCCCUAGGGGACAAAUGACUUUUUGUCCCGUUAGUUAAUGUUUGCUGUCUUUUGGAUCAUCAUUUUUGUUGUAUUGCUCCAUUAUACAUGAUUAUUCCUGUUAUUUUUUUAUUAUUAUUAUUAUUUCAAUGUCAAAUUUUUUUACAGCAUUACGAUAAACUGGCAGUCAUUCAACAAUACCCCAAACAGAACAUAAAUGUUAUUCAUUUUUCAAAUGGCAUAAAACCUUUAUUUACUCAAAUCUUUCAAUCAACUUUUGCCUUAAAUAAAAAUACCAAACAUGUAAUGUUUUUUGUAAUGUUCUGUGAAAGAAAUUGGACAUUCAAAUUUAACAGAAAUAUCAUGAAGAAUGGAGUAAAUAAAAAAAAAUUGUGACCAGAACACAGCAAAACUUUACUGAAAGUACAAAAGUCAGCCUCUGUCCUAUGCAAGUUAAGAAGCAUAACAUUAUGUAUUUGUCAACAUUAAUUUUGCUAGCAUCAAGUUAACAGUGUAACAACUAGUUAGCUAGCUAAUACAGUAAUCUAAAGCACAGGUUUCAAACUUUGCUAUGUAGGUUUUCAGUACUGUACAUGUUUAUAUUUUUCAGUUCAACAUUUCUAAAAUCCUUUUUUCUUCCGUUGCUCAUAAGUAGAGAUGUCAGGCCGAUAUUAUCGGCCGAUAUAUGCGUUAAAAUGUAAUAUCGGAAAUUAUCGGUAUCGGUUUUUUUAUUAUCGGUAUCGUUUAAAAAAAAUAAUUAAAUCAACAUAAAAAACACAAGAUACACUUACAAUUAGUGCACCAACCCAAAAAACCUCCCUCCCCCAUUUACACUCAUUCACACAAAAGGGUUGUUUCUUUCUGUUAUUAAUAUUCUGGUUCCUACAUUAUAUAUCAAUAUAUAUCAAUACAGUCUGCAAGGGAUACAGUCCGUAAGCACACAUGAUUGUGCGUGCUGCUGGUCCACUAAUAGUACUAACCUUUAACAGUUAAUUUUACUAAUUUUCAUUCAUUACUAGUUUCUAUGUAACUGUUUUUAUAUUGUUUUACUCUCUUUUUUAUUCAAGAAAAUGUUUUUAAUUUAUUUAUCUUAUUUUACUAAUUUUUUUUAAAAAGUACCUUAUCUUCACCAUACCUGGUUGUCCAAAUUAGGCAUAACAAUGUGUUAAUUCCACGACUGCAUAUAUCGGUUGAUAUCGGUAUCGGUUGAUAUCGGUAUCGGUAAUUAAAGAGAUGGACAAUAUCGGAAUAUCGGAUAUCGGAAAAAAGCCAUUACUCAUAAGUAAUAAUCACAUUUUCUGGGAUAUUGAAUUUAGGAUUUUUUUUUUUUUUUUCAGUUAUAAUCAUCAACAUUGAAAUACACAUUUGAAAUAUAUGAGUCUGAGAGUAAUGAAUGUGUAUAUAAUAUGCAAGUUUCACUUUUGAAAUGAAAUUACUGAAAUAAAUAAACUUUUUAGUCAUUGUCUAAUUUUUUGAGCAGCACCUAGGUGACCGUUUCCCCCUAAUACUUUUAAGAUAUAUAAAGAAAAAAACCUGAUACAAGGCAACAUAUGAGCGCCCUUUUUUCCUUGUGUAAAGGAAACAAUACACCAAGUGCAACACCCAUGGACAGUCUCUGCAGGUUUCAACAAGUCAAAUUCAGGAUUUUUUUAAAGACCAUAAUGAAUAUAAUUUAAGACCAUUUUACAUCCAUACAGACAAAAAAGUACAAAGACAUUAAGGAAAAUCAGAGGGCCAGUAUGAAUUGUAAGUAUAUGAAUUCAUUCACUGCUCUUUCUUUCUUUCACUAAAUACUCCAGAAGCCUCUUUAUUGUAAACUAAUUUAAAAAAAUAUUACCAAACACGGAAAAGGGUGGAGUGCCAUCUCCGGGUUGGGGAGGAGACCCUGCCCCAAGUGGAGGAGUUCAAGUACCUAGGAGUCUUGUUCACGAGUGAGGGAAAAGUGGAUCGUGAGAUCGACAGGCGGAUCGGUGCGGCGUCUUCAGUAAUGCGGACGUUGUAUCGGUCCGUUGUGGUGAAGAAGGAGCUGAGCCGGAAGGCAAAGCUCUCAAUUUACCGGUCGAUCUACGUUCCCAUCCUCACCUAUGGUCAUGAGCUUUGGGUCAUGACUCAAAGGACAAGAUCACGGGUACAGGCGGCCGAAAUGAGUUUCCUCCGCCGGGUGGCGGGGCUCUCCCUUAGAGAUAGGGUGAGAAGCUCUGCCAUCCGGGGGGAGCUCAAAGUAAAGCCGCUGCUCCUCCACAUC